UCGCAUUCGCCAAUCACGAAAAACGGGGCCGUGACCAUAGACUUCUAUAGACGGAGCAUUAGCUACGACUCUGGGCAAGAGGGGUCUGAUAAUCGGGGCGCGGGAGGCACUCAUCUGACAUCGACUCUUUCCGGUGAGAUUCGGGAAUAUUCGGUUCAUAUUUCCAUCGUAUCGAAGACACCUAACCUGUUAAACGGACUUUUAUGUACAAUUGUGUUGUUACUCACAGGAAAUAUAAAAGUGCAAACAUGAGCUUUUGUAUUGUUUACAAGUGCAAAAAUCGACACAGUAAGAAAAAUGCAGAACAAAUAGAGAUGGAAAAAAUUUUUAAUCGGAAAAUUUCAUAUCAUUUAUUUCCUAAAGAUAUAGAAAGACGACAGAAAUGGCUUAAAGCCUUACAGUUAGAAAAUUAUGAACCUAAAAAAUCAGCUGCAGUUUGUUCCAGUCAUUUUAAAGAUACAGACUAUGAAAUAAAUCAUGCAAAUCGCAAGUUAAAAAAAGAUGCUGUUCCACAUGUACGUAUAUAUUAG